AUGCCGCUAGACGACACGUUCAACGGAGUUGUCAUUGGAUCCCCAGAUCUUGAGAUUAUCGGUGCAGUUUCCAUUGUUACUGGUGUCAAAUCACAUGCAGUCGCCUUAGACGGAUCUGGUGACUGGCUGACGACAGAUGUAGGAGACCAGUUCUGCCUGGGGAGCACGCUACACUGCGAUAGUGGGUUCACGUUGUCGUUCUGGUUGAAGUUGUCGUCACCUUCUGGUACGAGUAUGGCAGUUGUAAACAAUGUGAACGACUUGACCACAUCAAGGGGCAUAAGGCUAGAGUACGACAGUACAAGCGAUGAGAUGACAUGGUACGUUGCAUCAGCAUCAGGAGGGUUUUGGGAAGGUCUAUUUGACUUUCCGUCUGGUAUAUGGAAGCACAUAGCUGUUGCGUGGGAUACGGUUGAUACAAAGAUAUACAUUGACGGACUUUUGACUCAAAGUGCAAGUGAACAAAAUACUCUUUCAACCAUCACACAUGACACUUACACAUCAUUCGAUAUAGGGCGAAAUGUAGAGACAGGCAGCAACACACCGAGCUUUUAUAUAGACGACAUAGUAAUGAUUGAGAUUGGAGUGGAUGAGGCUGGCAUCUACAAGUUGUCAUAUGAUGAAAGCCCGACAGAGGUAUAUUAUUGGACAAUGGAUGCCAUGGCAACAGAUAACAAGACGGUCAUUGGGUAUAGCCCAUCUAUUGACACGGGCAUGAGUAAUAAGAUGAAUCAAUUAAACAUCAUUGAGGCAGGAGUUGUUAACAAUGCUAUGUCAUUAGAUGGAUUUUCGGAAUUUAUUAACCUUGAUAUCGUAGCGGGUGGAUGUUUGAAUGAUGUGACCCUUUGCGUUAAUGGCUUUACAGUCUCGAGUUGGAUGAUGCCAUUUAACAUUACACAAGGAAACAGCAACUACUACUUUCUCUCCAGUGGUGGGCAGCGAGAUAAUUCCAACGGUUUUUACUUCCGUCUGAAUGGCAAUGAGGGCACACUCACUUGGGUAUUUGAGGUAGGGGUAGGUGUGGACAAUCAAAAAUGGUAUGUUACUUUUGAGAUUGACACUAUGGUAUGGUCCCAUGUAAUGUUCACAUGGUCAUUGGUGUCUGGCCUGGACGUCUACAUUGAUGGAGCAUGUAUUGGAUCUGAUGUUAGUGGCACCGAAAGACCAUACACAGUACCUUCUGAUGGUAUCGAUCCCUAUACUGCGUUUUAUGUUGGAACAUCUAAUGAUGAAAUGUCAAUGACCUACGGCAAACUAAAUAUCGACGAGUUGAAGUUCUGGGACAUUCUCAUGAAUGUGAAUGACGUGGUUGGUAUCUACAGUCAAGUUAUCAUUGGUGACAACUGUUAUACUGAUGCCCGUGGUCGCGACUAUCGCGGCCACAUGAAUCAUACAGUGGGAGGUUACACGUGUCAGAUGUGGACUGCGUCAACGCCUCACUCCCACAUGUUUCCACCGAUGUCGUACUCACACGCCGGACUCGGCGAACAUAACUAUUGCCGCAACCCCGAUGGUGAUUGGUUCCCGUGGUGCUUCACGACAGAGGCCAACGUAAUGUGGGCAUAUUGUAACUUGGUUGCCCCGCAACCAACUUGUGAUGACCACUUCACAUCCACUCACUUGAUUGGUUGUUAUCAAGAAAGUACCAUGUCUCCAGAGUUUUCAAUAAUGCCAUCCACACUAGAUAAAGUUGUUCCUACGACAUGCCGACUGGCAUGCAGAUUAGACGGUUAUAAGUUUGCUGCCUUGCGAAAUGGAAACCAGUGUUUCUGUGGAAGUUCAUAUCCAACAUCUUCUCUUUUAAAUAAUACAUCGUGCGACUUAGCAUGUAAUGAUGACAACAGUGACACGUGCGGCGGCAACUGGAAGAAUAGUGUCUUUUUCACAACCCACCUUAAAUCAGUUCACAAUAAGCCUGUAGCAACAACGCCUGUCAGCGGUGUAACUUUAACUGCUGCUCUAAGUAGCAGGGACAAUGCUAUCCUAACCAAUGUUACUACGGCAACAGGUGACGGACUUAUCUACUACUAUGAUUUCGGCGACGGCAAAGGAACACUGGAGUGGCGCUUUCCAGAUAUAGAUUAUCUGUACGAAGAUUCAGAAAAUUAUACAAUUACAGUGACAGUGGCAAAUGAGAUUAAUAAUCAGUCAGCUAUGUUUGAAUUAGCAGUGCUUAUUCCAAUUCGUGUAUUCAAAGUAAUGCUUGAUAAAGCUGGUACUACAGGAGAAAGUGUCAUAAGUGGUGUUGGAAUGCCUAUGCAGUUCAGACUGCAUGUUCUAAGUGGUUCGAAAAUCGAAUACGCUAUUGAUCUCGGCGAUGGGACCACUGGCGAAUAUUAUCAUUCCAGACUAAAAGAACACAGCUUCUACCACACCUAUGCUGAUAUUGGAGUAUAUACUUUAAUUGCAAGUGUUGAUAAUAUCCUUGUGCACAAAUCAUUGACUCGGACGGUUACAAUUAUUUGGCCAGUUAGUGGCAUCCAGUUCACGAGUUUCAAUGAUACUGUACCAGUUCCAAGUGAAGUCUUGUUUAAGCUUGAGCUUGAUGAAGACACGCACCCUCCAGAUGACAUGGUAAUGCUAAUUGAUUUCGGAGACGGAACUGCUGUGUCAAAUAUUCCUAGUAACAUCACAAGUGAUGAACCAAUCUGGAUUACACAUGUGUAUAACAUACCGGGAAACUUUUCCGUGUCUAUAGAUUGCAUCAAUGCAGCAAGCGAAAUGUCAUUCACUUCCAGUUUAAAUGCCAUACAACCAAUUGACGAGCUUUUCAUAGAAACUGACAGCUUCCUAGUAGAGACACAUGACUGUACAGGAAUCAGUGCAUCAGUAGUUAAUGGCACAGAAGUAACGUUUGAAAUUUAUUUUGGCGACGGUGUAUCAGAUGCGACUACUUUCUAUCUGCCUGGUGUUAAACAGUUUACACAUUGUUGGUACGAGCCCGGGAAUUUCAGCGUUAAUGCCAAUGCAUUUAAUGUAUUCAGCUCGGUUUCGGCUUUCCUUCCAGAAUCAAUCAUUGCUGAACAUAGCACAACUCACUUUAUGUUGACUUCCAACAGUCCAGUAGACAUUGCAGAUGGCCUGGUAACUUUUCAUCUUAAUGUUCAAAGUCCGUUCAGCCCACCGACUAAGCCAUCAAUGUUGAUUGAUUUUGGAGAUGGUUCUAUUAUUGACAGUGAAGACGUGAUCCUUGAACUUGACAACACUUUUACACAUACCUAUGACCAAAUUGGCUCCUAUGACGCAUUUUUUCAUGUGUGGAACUUAGUUUCAUCUGGCCACUAUAUUACUACAAUAGACGCAUAUGAAGCGGUUACUACAGUGGACUUCGAGGCAUCAUACAUGUUGGAUCAGUAUACAUUUAUUACAGGGUUUGGUCAGGAACAAAACCAUUUUCCAACAGGAUAUCUUAUUCAACUUGAAGCUGUCACCAAUGAUGGGAGUAAUCUGACAUAUGUAUGGUCAUUUGGUGGCUGGGACAUGGAUGUGUCAGAAGUCGUUGUUCACGAUUUUUCUGGAGUGGGAGAACACCAAGUUUUAUUGGAGGUGGAAAAUGCUGUUAGUGUAGCCACAGCGGAAAGGACACUGUAUAUAAUUGACCAAAUUCCUACCGACUUGAAUCUCGCAGUAGAUGCAUAUACACCUCUCCUUUCUGAUCCAGUUAACUUUCUGAUAUCGUUUGGAACUUUGUAUACUCAAGCAUGUACUCUGUGGGAUUUUGAUGAUGGGAGCCAGCAUGUAUUGAUUGGCCCUGAGCAUUGCCAAACAAUACCGCAGUAUGAAGGUGCUGUAAAAGUGAUUGAAGAAGGUCCCGAAAUUACCAUCCAGCAUGCAUUCAACUUGUUUGGCACAUUUCAUAUCUCAGUAACCAUAGACAAUUACAUAUCAUAUACAGUUUUGUCCACCAUCAUCACAGUCAGUGGCCUACCAUGUCGAGCACCUUCAGUACAUAUAAGGGGACAAGACACGGAUGUUCAAAAUCCACGAAAGAAAAAGCAGUCAAAUGACAUUGUUAUAAAAGCAAGAGUAAAACUGGAUUGUAUGGUGACAUCAUUGACUAAUUUUACAUGGGAGGUUUCUAAAAUAGAUGUUGAUGGAAAUCUGUUGACUGCUGAAUUGGAGUACACGUCUCCAGAGCUGUUCAUAUCAUCUAAUACAUUACAAAGUGGUCUGUAUAAAAUAGUAUUGACAGUAUCAAUGUUUGGAGUUAAUCAUGUCGAUGGACAAGAUGAAUUAUAUCUACUGAUUCAAGAAACUCCUAUUGCAUGCGCCAUUGCUGGCGGCAAUGGCCGGCCCAUUGGUUAUGGAACUACAUUGGAGCUUGAUGCACUAAGUCUUACAUACGACCCUGAUACUGACUACCAAUCAGAUAAAUCUGGUUUAAAUUUUACGUGGUUUUGUAUGCAAGAGGGUGAAAGUCUCCCAACAUCAGGAGAUGAUCUCGAUCUUCAAAUAGUGAUGCCGGAAACAGAUACUAAUAUAGAUAAUGGUGGGUGUUUCAAAGCUGGGCCUGGGAGAAUUGAUUAUCAUGAUGGUGUUAUAUUCAUUCCAACUAGUAUGCUUGCUGUUGAUAAAAAAUACAUAUUCAAAGUUAGAGUCACAAAGGACCUUCGACAAUGUGAAUCUGAACAAGCAAUAGAAGUGGUAGAAGGAACGCCUCCUGAUAUUUACAUGCAUUGUGCGACGAAUUGUAGAGGUAAAUGUAAUGUUGGAAGCGUUAUGUCAUAUCAAGGGUAUUGUGCAAACUGUGAUCCAGGAAUACGUUUGUCAUAUUGGUGGAAGCUCGAAAUAAGAAGUGUAGAGGAUCUUACUUUCACUGACGUAUCCGACUUUGGGAGCUUUACCUCAACAGGUACUAACAGAACUGGCAUUAGUUUUGUUGCUAAUUCUCUGAAACCUGGCAGUGAAUAUCGUCUGAGCCUCUAUGCUUCCAGGGAGGGAUAUGCUACUGGGUAUACAUAUGUGGACAUUGUUACAAAUCUACCACCAUUUGACGGAAUAUGCAGCAUCAGUCCGAGCAAUGGUGUUGCUGUGAACACAUACUUCAAUGUUAGCUGCGAACACUGGAAGGACGAGGGAGAGCAGGUUGAUAGAGAUGGAGGCAGUUUAUCCAGUGAAAAUCUCAAAUAUAAAAUAUUAUUUGGGAACCAAGGCAUUACAAUGACCCAAAUGAGCUAUGGAGAAGACGCUAUCGCUGAUGGUCUUGUAUUUGCCUCAGGAUCACCAGACUACAACUACAUGUAUGACAUUCAGGUUCAGAUAAUCGAUGAAUAUGGUGCUUACAAUGUCUCAAACCUAAGUGUGGAAGUUAGACCACUAGAGCUGUCUUUGAGUGAGAGUGAAGAACUCUUGCAAGAAUUAGCUAUGGGAGAGAACAGUCAAUUGGUGCAACUCAUGGAAUCUGGAAACUACCAAGGAGCGACACAGUUGAUAAUGGCUCUAUUCACAUUGUACCCGCAACAGGAGCAGCUUCGCAGCAAUCUUUUAAUUUCGUUAUCCAAGAUGUGCUUCUGGUCCAAUACUAUAGAUGCUUUGCUGAUGUCUUCAGCUACUUUAUCUGACUUAACUGGUCCCGGGGGAACAACUUCUGAUGCUCUGGUCCGAGCUGCCAUGGCAUUGGUGUUUAUGGCAAACAAGCUACAAGGCAUAGAAGACCAGUCACGUGAGGAAAUGCUAGAAACUGCAGCAUCGCUUGUGGAAGGUAUCGGUAAUAUCAUUAAAAGUUCAAUUGUGAUUGAUGUGAAUGAGGUGAAGGUAGAACCCACUGAUCCACCGGAAUACUACGGUGACGACCCGUCUCCAGAGGAAAUUGAAGAAUAUGAAAAUCAGCAAGCCCUUUUAAAGCAACAGGAAGUCGAAUAUGCGGAGAUGGCGGCACGUAUGAUAAGCAACCUUGGAAUGGGAAUCAUUGACGUUGUUAGUUUAACAGUUCGAUCAACUCAGGUAGUUGGAGAACCAGCAAUUCGCCUACCAUCAGAUUUCCUCACCAUGGAAUUACUGCGUGAUGAGCCUGAAAACCUGAAAGAUAAGGAGAUGUAUGGAACCAUUGGUAGUUUUAAGUUGCCAAAAUCAGGAGGUGUUCUCGAAGAAGGGUCAUCCUUUGCAUUCGUCGAUAUUGAAACUAUGUACGUGGAUGGGAAUCAGUACAGUUGGGACGCUUCAAGAAGCAAUGUCAAAUCGGGCGUGAUGACUAUGAAAUUAUCUAACCCGGAUGGUGAGGAACUGGAGAUAAAGGAUUUAGUAGAUCCAAUUACUAUACAUCUUUAUACAGAUCAAGUCGAUAUUGAUACCCUGGAAGUGGAAAUGGAUUUAUCUAAUCUAGAUACAAUGUACAAUCAUACAUUCAACGUCACUAAGGAAAACAUUGCCGUGGAACUAAUGUUUACACUCUCAAGUGAAAUCCCACUUGUCGUGUAUGGCAAAUACGGCGAAUUACCGUCCCCUGAAGACGUGUAUCUGUUAUGUGAACUACCACGUGUUGAGUCAGACGAAACUAUUCCUGAUGAUGUAGCAGAUGAAAUAUCGUAUAUUUGUCAUAUUCCUUCUGCCAAACUCCCCGAACAAGGGGAGUAUUUUAUGUCAGUGAUGCCUGGAGUUGACUUGACAGAUUCAUCUGGUUUUGUGAAUUACACACUCGAUAUCAUGAGCUAUGGAUGUAGUUACUGGAACAAAGCAGAUGAGAUUUGGACAGGUGAUGGAUGUAUGGUAGGGCAUUAUUCAACAUCUAUGUAUGUCCAUUGCCUAUGCAACCAUCUAACCUCGUUCGCAGCUGAUUUUUUCAUUCCUCCAAAUACGAUCGACUUUUCUACAGUCUUUGAUCAUUUUGAUGUUGGCAACAAUGCAGCCGUAUUCUCUACAGUGAUAUCUCUGUUUUGUCUAUACUGUUUGUUGAUGGUUUGGGCAAGACGUAAAGACAAGAAUGACGUUAUGAAGUGGGGAGUGACACCUCUUAUUGACAACAGUCCGCGUGAUAAGUACUACUACGAAAUUGUGGUAUAUACUGGAAUGCGCCAGGGCUCUGGUACAAAGUCUAAGGUAAAUUUUAUGCUGUCAGGUGAAGAUGAAGAUACUGGAAUACGUAAACUGGAUGAUGACAAACGAAAGCUCUUCGAACGUGGUAGUAUAAAUCACUUUGUUUUGGCUACACCAAGAAGUCUCGGUCCUUUGACAUACCUUCGUAUAUGGCAUGAUGACUCGGGAAAAGGGGAACAUGGUAGUUGGUAUCUGUCUCGAAUUAUGAUAUCAGAUUUACAGACAGGAGAAAAGUUUUACUUCCUUAAUGACAAAUGGUUGGCUGUAGAGUAUGAAGAUGGAAUGAUUGAUCGCGUGUUACCGGUAGCUAGCAAGAGUGAAUUAGUGAAUUUUAAUCAACUGUUCUUCCAUUCUGCAAGACAAAACCUGUCGGAGAAGCAUUUGUGGUUUUCCGUUGUUUCCCGUCCUCGCAAAAGCCACUUUACCCGAGUACAGAGACUAUCAUGCUGCCUCUCCUUGCUGUACUGUUCUAUGAUAGCCAGCUGUAUGUUCUACCGAGCAGAAGAGCGUGCUGGCAAUGUGUUUUCCAUCAACAUUGGUCCAUUUUCUCUCACGUCAUAUGAGUUGUAUGUCAGCAUCAUGACAAAUCUGAUAGUUUUUCCGGUCAACUUCAUCGUUGUUGAAAUAUUUAGAAAAAGUCGCCCUGGUAAAUCAUCGUUGACAGAGUGGUUCAAACGCAGAAAGACCCGACCAAUGUCGGCUAAAUUUGAUGUCCUCUUCAAUGACGCGGACGAGGUCAAAACGACCAAAAAGAAAAAGAAGAAAUCCACAUUCCCUCCCUGGUGUAGAUACAUAGGCUGGGUUCUUUGCAUUCUCACUUGUAUUGCAUCCGCUUUCUUUGUGAUAUUAUACAGUAUGCAAUGGGGACGAAAGAAGUCAGAAGAAUGGCUAGUAUCUUUAAUACUUUCCUUCUCGCUGUCUGUGCUUGUUACACAACCAGUACAGGUUGUGGUCAUAGCCAUAUUCUUUUCCUGUUUUAUGAGGCGAGUGACAGAUGAUGAUGACGAUGAAAGUGAAACAAAAGUUAAGGAUACUAAGCUGAAAGAAGAUGAGGAAUACAUGCAUGAUCCAUCACUUCUGUCAGAUUCACGAAGGAAGACAUACCUACUGCCACCAAAAGGAGACAAAUUGGAAGCCCUGAGGAAGGAGCGCUUAAAUGAGUUAAAGAUGCAAAGCAUUUUGCGGGAGAUUUCUAUAUAUGCUGUAUUUGUCUGGUACGUACAUCACAAUCUUCUCUUAGGUCCCGCACGGAUCAGACAGCUUAGAGUACAGCCAGAGUCAUGUGUUAUUGUCGAACCAAUGAAUAAGGUGAUCACUGAGUGUUCAGUUGAUUAUGAAAUGUACGACACCGACGAGACACGUAGCUUUAAUCCAAAAUGGACGCCACUUGGCCUGAACCAAUCCUUGUCAGAUGAUGACGAUUCCGUUUGGAAAUAUCAUGAUGCCAUUGAGUUGAAUGGACUGCCAGUAUUUGGAUAUCUUUCGGUAUAUGGUGGCGGUGGCUAUCUCGCUGAACUUGGGACCUCAGAAGAGAAAGCGUAUGACAUGAUCGAGUACUUAAGAAACAAUUCUUGGUAUGACAUAUACACAAGAGCUAUAAUCAUCGAGUUCACUGUCUAUAAUGCCAAUGUCAAUCUGUUCAGUUUAGUGACUUUUUUAAUUGAAUUACCAACUCAUGGUGGUGGUCUUCUAUCUCCAUCAAUCUCAACAUUUCGCUUGUACAACUAUGUUGGAGUUACAGCGACUGCGUUUGUCGUUGGUGCACAAGUUCUAUUUGUAGGGUUUGUUGCAUACUUUGUUAUCCACGAGACGCUAAAGAUAAAACGAGAGAAGAGGGGAUAUUUUAAAAGCUUUUGGAAUUGUUUGGAAUUGGUUCUAAUGGCAUUCGGUGUCACUGUCAUUGUGAUGUACGCAUUCCGACAAAUAUUUACAGCAAUGGCCUUGGACGAUGUGACAAAGAACAAAACAAAAUUCGUCAACUUCCAGCAUCUGGCUUACUGGGAUACUAUAUUCAGCAUGAUUAUCGCCCUGGAGCUCUUUGUUGCUAUGCUAAAGUUUCUCAAGCUGCUACGAUUCAACAAACGCAUGUCCAUGCUGGGCAUGACAUUGAAAUACUGCUUUAAAGACCUGCUGUACUUCAGUGUCAUAUGGAUCAUCGUAUUCCUAGCAUACUGUCAGGUGUUUUACUUGGUCUUCGGCAGAGCACUGUUAGACUAUGCUACUAUGAGUAUCACAAUGGCCUCUCAGAUAUCUAUGAUGCUAGGUCGGUUUGACUACCACGCCCUGAAUGAAAUAAAUCGAAUUUUCAGCAAGGUGUUCUUCUUCUUCUUUAUCCUUUGCCUCUAUUGGAUAUUGAUGAACAUGUUCCUGACUAUCCUUAACCAGAGCAUCAUUGCAGUUAAAGCGGACAUCAAUAAACAAUCUAACGAGUAUGAAAUAGUUGACUUCGUCUGGCGUAGAUUCACGAAAUUCAUUGGGAUGACAUCUCAGGCAAAUAGGCGAAGACAACAACAGGUCCCUAAGGUCAAAGUACAGAUACCUUCAGAUUCUGCUAUGUCAGCAAAUGACAAUGACGAAUAUUCUGAUGACGCGUUCCAUCGUAGUAUAGAUCGGUUACUGGGUUACGUGUUACGUCACUAUGGAGAUAUCGACGUCGUCAAGGAGAACGGAGGAAACGACUGGACCAUGGCCAUAUCGGUGAAAGAAGGAAAAAGUAUCAAACGAACCAAGAAGAUACAAGCGUUGACAACGACUUAA